UAACACCAUUUGGGACCAUUAUGUCUCUCCCCCCCUCUCAAAAUGUCAAUAUUUUGGCCAAGGAUAAUGCUAACUCUUCUCAUCAUCUCAACAACUCCUCCAAGAUUAGAUGGGCAGCUGGAGGAGCAAUGGUGCAUAGCAGAUGAGCAGACUCCAGAUGAGGAGCUGCAGAUGGCAUUGGAUUGGGCAUGUGGAGCAGGUGGUGCAGAUUGUAGCAUGAUUCAAAUGAAUAAGCCUUGCUAUUAUCCUAAUACUGUUAGAGACCAUACUUCUUAUGCAUUUAAUAGCUAUUUUCAGAGGUUUAAGCAUAAGGGUGGAUCUUGCUACUUUAGAGGAGCUGCUCUCAUUACUGAACUUGAUCCUAGUCACAAUUCUUGCCACUAUGAGUUCUUACCCUAAUUUCCAAAGGCAGGGAGAAGAACAAACAUGGAUUACAAGAAAAUUUAUCAAGAAUUCAAGCAGUCUUAGGACUGAAUUCUGUUGUUAAAGCAAGCAACAGAAUUCAAAUAGGAUAGAGGUGUAGCAAAUUUCCGAAUUUUUUGUUCAAGAAACAUUAAAAUCAUGCAUUUAUCUUC